AUUAUAGUUGUAUAUACAUAAUAUAAAUAGUUCAUGACUAUUACCUGUUCUCCUAUUUUCACAGGUUUGAACCGCUUGCUUUCAAACUGCACCUAUGAAGCUUCAUUUCCUUUACAUGAGGGAAGCUAUAGAAGUAAGAACUCAAUAAAGACUCAUGGAGCAGACAAUCAUCGUCACCUUCUUUUUGAGUGUUGGGCCUCCUGGGGAGUGUGGUAUAAAUAUCAGCCCCUGGAUCUUGUACGGAGAUAUUUUGGUGAGAAGAUAGGCCUCUAUUUUGCAUGGCUGGGCUGGUAUACAGGAAUGCUGUUCCCAGCAGCAAUAAUUGGAUUAUUUGUGUUCCUGUAUGGAAUGUUUACACUGGAUAGCUGCCAAGUCAGCAGAGAAAUCUGUGAAGCCACAAAUAUUACUAUGUGUCCAUUGUGUGAUAAAUAUUGCCCGUUUAUGAGGUUAUCAGACAGCUGUGUCUACGCCAAGGUAACCCAUCUUUUUGAUAAUGGAGCAACUGUCUUCUUUGCAGUGUUUAUGGCAGUUUGGGCAACUGUUUUUCUGGAGUUUUGGAAACGAAGAAGAGCGGUGAUUGCCUAUGAUUGGGAUUUAAUAGACUGGGAAGAAGAAGAGGAAGAGGUUCGUCCUCAAUUUGAAGCCAAAUACUCCAAAAAAGAGCGGCUAAACCCCAUAUCAGGAAAGCCGGAGCCUUACCAAGCCUUUGCAGAUAAAUGCAGCAGACUUGUCGUUUCUGCUUCUGGAAUAUUUUUUUAUGAUUUGUGUGGUAAUUGCUGCUGUUUUCGGCAUUGUAAUAUAUCGUGUUGUGACUGUCAGUACAUUUGCUGCCUUUAAAUGGGCCUUAAUCAGGAAUAAUUCUCAGGUUGCUACCACAGGGACUGCAGUGUGUAUCAACUUUUGCAUCAUUAUGCUACUGAAUGUGCUCUAUGAAAAAGUUGCACUCUUCCUCACUAACCUUGAACAGCCACGUACUGAAUCAGAAUGGGGAGAACAGCUUUACUUUGAAAAUGUUUCUUUUUCAGUUUGUCAAUCUGAACAGUUCGACCUUUUACAUAGCUUUUUUCCCUAAAGGUUUACUGGAAGACCAGGUUCUUAUUUAAGGCUUAUCAACAGAUGGAGGCUGGAAGAGUGUCACCCCAGUGGAUGCCUUAUUGACUUAUGCAUGCAGAUGGGCAUAAUUAUGGUACUGAAGCAAACCUGGAAUAACUUUAUGGAACUUGGCUACCCAUUGAUUCAGAAUUGGUGGACUCGAAGAAGAUUAAGACAGGAGCAUGGUGCUCAUGGGAAAGCUAGCUUUCCACAGUGGGAGAAAGACUAUAACUUGCAGCCCAUCAAUGCAUAUGGAUUAUUUGAAGAAUACCUUGAAAUGAUUCUUCAAUUUGGCUUCACAACUAUAUUUGUUGCUGCUGCUUUUCCACUUGCACCACUCCUUGCCUUACUUAACAAUAUUAUUGAAAUCCGCCUUGAUGCUUACAAAUUUAUCACUCAGUGGAGACGACCCUUAGCAUCGCGAGCCAAGGACAUAGGUAUCUGGUAUGGAAUUCUAGAAGGCAUCGGGAUUCUGUCUGUUAUUACGAAUGCAUUUGUUAUCGCGGUGACCUCAGACUUCAUUCCGCGGCUGGUGUAUGCUUACAAAUAUGGACCUUGUGCCGGUCUAGGACAAGCUGGAGAAAAGUGCAUGGUCGGGUAUGUCAAUGCCAGCCUUUCUGUCUUCCUAGUAAAUGAUUUUGAGAAUCGCUCAGAUUCAGAGUUUCAUGCAAGAUUUAAUGGCGCACAUGUGAAAUAUUGCCGGUAUCGAGACUACAGAAGUCCACCUCAUGGUCCUGAGCCCUAUGCUUACACUUUGCAGUUUUGGCAUGUGCUUGCUGCACGCUUAGCUUUCAUCAUUGUAUUUGAGCAUCUUGUUUUUUGCAUAAAGAAUUUGAUCUCCUACCUGAUACCAGACCUUCCCAAAGACCUGAGGGAUCGAAUGCGGAGAGAAAAAUACCUCAUCCAAGAAAUGAUGUAUGAAGCAGAAUUGGAGAGAGUGCAGAAAGAGAAGAAAGAGAGGAAGAGAAACGGGAAGUACCAAAAUAAUGAGUGGCCCUAA